AUGGAGUAUUUAUUGCAUUGUUUCGUCCGCGCUUCCGCUAACAGUCAGUUUGGUGUGUUUGUGUCUAGAUUGCUAGGCACUCCCACCGAGGCGACGUGGCCGGGCGUUACGGAUUUGCCGGAGUACAAGACCUUCACUGUCUAUCCACGCAACCCACACUGGCACCAGGCUGUGCCCAAUCUCUCCGUUCGAGGGCGUGAUCUGCUUCAGCAACUGCUGGUGUGCAAUCCGGCGGAGCGUGCAAGUGCGGAUCAGGCCUUGGAGCAUCCCUACUUUGACGCGCUUGCCAUCUGA